CGAGAUGCAAUUCGAUAAAAUCUCUAAAUUUUUGCCAUUUCUCGGAAAUCCCCCAUCGAACAAUACACCUUCGAUCGUGACUGGCCGUUAUUUAUUUUUAUUUUAUUCAACAUUCGACGUUCCCAGUUCACCUCGUAUUUUACAAUACUGUUCUUUCGAAGCGAAAAGCUCUCCUCCAGAAGUUGUUCGUUAUGCAACGGGCUGGACGACAAAACGCUAAAUGAGUUUCCUCCUGAGUUUUGGGAUGGGUGAUUCAUCUAGGGAUAUCUUGUGAGAUCGGUCUUCCUUAUGAUAAAAAUAAAAGUGAAAGUGUGGGAGAGGAUGAGAUUAGCCCAGUUUUUUUGGCUUUAUCUGUUAGUGGCAACAUCCGAUUGGCUGAGGGCGAGCGCUGCAGCUUCCUCAACAUCCGAUGAUGUUGUGAGCCAUGUCACACCAACAAAAGUAACAAAAGACGGAUCUUUCCUCACAAACAAUUUAACGAGUGAAGAGGAUGAAGAUUUAAUACAUUACAAAAUUGCAUUGGAGAAUCGUUAUCACUUGUUGGAAAUGAGAAGAAAUUGGAACUUCAUGAGUCCAUCAAUGAUAUUAGAAAAGAGGAAACAGAACAAACAUGAAAUUAAAACGCUCAACGAAUUGCAAUCAAAGUGUUUUUUCCAAGGAAAAGUUAAAGGGAAACAAGAAACCUUCGUAGCAUUGGCAGCUUGCAAUGGAUUGGUAGGAUUGAUCAGAACAGAAGAUGGAAUAUAUUUUAUUGAACCAGCCCAUAAUUUCGAUAACAAUUCAAUCGAAAAGGGUCAUAAACAUAAAAUCAUCAAGAGAUCGUCAACUCAACCGAGAUACUACAAAAAUAAAAGACGUAAAAAAAGAAAAAGGUUACCGAAAAAUUGUGGCACCCGAGAGAGGAAAAAAAUAACAAGAUUGCAUUGGGGUAUCGAUAAUGGAACAUCUUCCACAGGAAAAUUAUCGAUCAAAAAAUAUAGAGAGAUAUUGAAUAGAAGCAAAAAUAUUCAUAAAAGAAUACGAAAAUCUAUCAGUAAACCACACUAUGUAGAAGUUCUUCUAGUCGCAGAUACAAGUAUGGUGGUGUUCCAUGAGGAAUGGGAUCUUACCACAUAUCUCUUGACCAUUAUGAAUAUGGUUUCAUCUUUAUACAUGGAUCCCACUAUUGGAAAUAUGAUCCACAUUGUUGUAGUUCGAAUAAUUAUUAUAGAAGAUCCCCUUGCUGAACCAGAUCUGAACAUUGUGCCGAACAGUGACAAAACUCUGAAAAGUUUCUGUCAGUGGCAGAAAAGAAUGAACCCCGAGAAUGAUUCUCAUCCUCAUCAUCAUGAUGUAGCCGUACUUGUAACUAGGAAAGACAUGUGCUCCUCAUCUAACAGCGGUUGUAACACUUUGGGCGUUGCCCAAGUUGGGAGUAUAUGCAGUAUAGAAGAUAAUUGUAAUGUCAAUGAGGAUAAUGGAAUCAUAUUAGCUCACACUAUCGCUCAUGAAAUUGGUCAUAAUUUAGGUAUGUAUCACGAUAGUGAAAGAAUUGGCUGUAGAGCAAGGCAAGACGUACAACACAUCAUGACGCCAAGUUUUCAAGCGGAAAUGGUUGGGACAGCAUGGUCAUAUUGCAGUCGAAGAGACCUGACAAACUUUCUUGAUAAAGGAAGGGGGCACUGCCUUUAUGACAAACCAGAAGAAGUGGUCGCAUUUGGUCACCCAGAACUGCCACCUGGGGCGCUGUAUGAUGCGAAUUAUCAGUGUAGACUUCAGUUUUCGGUGGAUUCAAUUGAAUGUUCCCCAAAGGAUGAGAUUUGUUCUCGUUUAUGGUGCCAAGUGAAUAACACCUGCACAACAAAACUCUUACCAGCAGCGCCAGGAACUAGUUGUGGUAAGCACAAGUGGUGCCAAAACCAGAAAUGCGUGGAUAUAAUGGAUCCCCCAGCUCCGGUGGAUGGUGGCUGGGGCGAAUGGGGCUCUUGGAGCGAGUGUUCAAGAAGUUGCGGUGCUGGUGUAUCGAUAUCUGAAAGGAAAUGCGACCAUCCGGUUCCUUCUGGUGGCGGAGAAUUCUGCUUAGGAUUGCGAAGAAGAUACAAAAUGUGCAAUACAGAACCGUGCCAGAAGCACGCGCCUUCCUUCAGGUCAACGCAGUGUUCUCUCUACAAUAACCACACGUAUGAAGGAAAAAUAUAUGAAUGGCUUCCUUAUUUUGAACUCACCGAACCGUGUAAAUUAUAUUGCAUCGACACAAACAACACAAUCAUAAUGCCCCUUGGAGACUACGCUCAAGAUGGUACCCCAUGUAAAAUUGGAACCAGAGAUAUUUGCAUAAGUGGUGUUUGUCAGAAAGUAGGAUGUGACUGGGUUGUGGGGUCAAAUGCAACAGAAGACGAAUGUGGAAUAUGUGAAGGGGAUAAUUCGAAAUGCAACAUUUUCAAGGGAAUAUAUUCAAAGCAGAGCAUUUUGUCGGGAUAUAGAGAAGUAGUUGUUAUACCUUCAGGUGCAACAAAUAUCAAAAUAAUGGAAACAAAUUAUUCCGAUAAUUUUAUAAGCAUAGGCAGUGCUCUCCAAAAGAGAUUCUACCUUAAUGGAAAAAGUCAUAUCUCUCUUCCUGGGGAAUAUUCCAUUGCUGGAUCAACAUCUUUGUAUGAAAAAACUCCAGCAGAAAAGAUUACCAUACCCGGACCAAUUGAAGAAAUGAUAGUAGUUCUUGUGGUUUUCGUAGGGAAUGCUUAUAAUCCAGGUAUCCAUUACCAGUAUUCUAUGUUCAAACCAGAAUUAAUUAGAGAUGUCCAAUACAAUUGGGCCUAUACGGAAUGGUCUCAAUGUUCCGUAACCUGCGGAGGUGGUAUUCAAGAGAAAGAGCCUGUCUGUAAAGAAUACCUUGCAUCCUCGGAUCAAUACGUAUUAGAUGGUAUAGCUACAGCAGUUGACGAGUAUUACUGUGAACCAAAUGAAAAGCCUACCAAACUCACCAGGACAUGCAAUGACUGGUUAUGUCAAACCCACUGGUGGGUUGGACCUUGGCAGUCAUGUCCAGUUGUUGAUUGUAUGAACGCAAAGCAACUUAUGCGUAAGAGAAGUGUCAUGUGCGUGGAUGGACAAGAAGUAGCACUCCCAGACAACUUUUGUGACAGGAAAACAAAGCCUCUGGAAUAUGGACCUUGUGAGACACUUCCAGUUUGUGAUUGACACUGUUUAAUAUUAUAACAUAAAAGAUAUUUUUUAUAAUUUAUUGAAAGAUUUAUUUAAUAUUUUUCAUUACAAAUAUUAAUAAUCUAAGAAAACUUAAUUUGGUUCAAAAUAUAUGAUAAAUUAAAAAUUGUGAAGUCAAAUACAGUAUGCUACUUAUAAAUUAAUUUGAAAAACAAAUUUCAACUAUGUAAAGCAAAAUAUCUUGUAUAAAACUUCUGUUGAAUCAUCAACAUAUUUCCAAAUCACAGACA